CCAACAACCAAGAAGGCACAGUUACUUCCAAACUUCCAACACAACAACAUGAAGGUUUUCAUUCUCGCUGCAUUGGUCGUCGUCGUAGCCUCCCAGGGUUACCCCAAGCCACAGUACCCCAAGCCUCAGUAUCCCAAGCCCCAAUACCCUACCCCGGCAUACCCUGCACCAGCAUACCCUACACCAGCGUACAAAGCUCCAGCCUACCCAGCACCCGCUUAUCCUUCUCCGGCUUAUGCCAAAACUCCGGAAUACGCUCCUAUGCCAUACAACUUCAACUGGGCCGUCAAGGACGAUCCCUCCUACAACGAUUACGCUCACCAAGAGACCGCCGAUGACAAGGGAUACGUUACCGGCUCUUACCGCACUCUUCUUCCUGAUGGUCGUACCCAGAUCGUAGACUACAAAGCCGAUGACUACACCGGUUAUGUAGCUGAUGUCAAAUACGAAGGAGAGGCCAAAGAGUACAAGCCAGCCUACAAACCCGCUGGUUACCCGAGCCCGGCUUAUCCAAGCCCAUCUUACCCAAGCCCAUCUUAUUCUGCACCUAAAUACCCAAGUCCAGCAUAUCCUAGCCCGGCCUACCCAGCUCCCAAAUAUCCAACUAAAUAUUAGAUGAACCACAUCGAUUAUAAGUCAAUUGUAAACUAAAAUGAUCUUGAACUGAAAAUACAUAUUCUAUCUAUAUA